GUACGCAUGCGUGGUACGACCUUACGUGGCAAACCCAGCUGGAGUGAAGUACAGUCAAAGCUGUAAACAGCUAUGAUUGUUUAAACUUUUUAACUGUCAUCUAUUUUGCCAUUUGUUUGUGGAUUGAUCAUGAAUCCACAAUAUUUACCCCAGCAACCACAACAGCAAUAUGGAGCUUCUGCAGGUCAACGGUUUGGUCCUCCACCAAAUGCAUUUCCUCCCAUGCCGCAUGGAGGGGCUAGACCAUCGCCAUCUGGUACACCAGGAGGAUUUCAGCUAUCAUCUGGACCACCAGCACCUAUGGGCAUGCACCCAGUUGGUCUGCCAGGACCUCAGAGAAUGGGACCAUCUGUGCAAGGCCCUCAGCCAUUUAACAGUGACUUACCUCCACCAAGUGGACCUGUAUCUCUAGGUCCAGGAAUGAGUGGAGCCCCAACAUCAGGUUCCCAUCACCCUGGCUUUAGUGGCUUGAACAUGAUGAAUGGUCCAGCAGGCCCUCCCAGUGGACCCCCUGGAGGACCAGGUUCUCAACCUCCACCUCAUACUAUGCCGCAGCAGGCACCAGUGAUGGUGCCACCACCCACAUCAACUCCAAAUCAGUUAGCAACUCAGUUAUCGGGGAUGAACUUAAGUGGUCAGGCACCACCACCACCAUCUAUUCAGAAUUCCAAUUACCCUGUUGGACCUCCAACAAAACCUGGCCUUGCUAGUGUGCCUCCAGGUGCUCCAGGAGCAAACUAUUAUCAUUCUCCAGGCAGCUUUCCACCAGCUAUCAAUGGAGGUCCUCCACCUCCUACAUCAUCUCCAGGUCAACCUCUGCAACCCCCUGGACAGCAGCAGCAUGGGGCACCCUCUCGGUAUAUGAAUGGGUCUAUGGGUCCUCCACCUGCAUCAGGAAGAGGGCCUAUGGUAGGGCCUCCACAGCCCCACAUGCCCACUCAGCAUGGAAUCAUACCCCCUCAACCAGGAAACAUGUCUGCAGCACAUGCACAUAUGCCUCCACCUACAGGUAUGCCACCUUCAGUAGGAGGUAUGCCUCAGUCGGGAGCUAUGCCACCACAGCAUGGAGGAUCGUCUUUCCAGCCUUUCAUGCAACCUGGUCCACCAACAGGGAAGUUGUACCAUCCAUCUCCGGAUAUGUACCAGCCAAAUGCAGGAGCUCCACCUCAGAUGCAGCAGCCCUCCAUGGGAGUGCAGGGCCCUACUCCAAACUACCCCCCACUGCAUCAACCUGUGGGUCCACAGCAAACAGCACAUCAGGGCAUGCAGUCUCAACCUGCAAGACGUCUUAAUCCCAAUGAUAUGCCAAGCCCUAUUCAGGUGAUGCAAGAUGAUCAGAGCAAUAGGUCAGGCGUUUUUUGCACAAAUCAGAAGGGGCUGGUUCCACCUCUCGUCACCACCAAUUUUAUCACGCAAGACCAAGGCAAUGCUAGCCCCAGAUACAUUCGUAGCUCGAUGUACAAUGUUCCAGCUACCAUUGACAUAAUGAAGCAAGCUGCUCUGCCAUUUGGUAUUAUAGUAAGUCCUUUGGCAAGAACUGUUGGUGAGGAAUAUGUGCUACCCAUUGUGAACAUGGGAGAAAUUGGACCUGUUAGAUGCAACCGGUGCAAAGCAUACAUGUGUCCAUACAUGCAAUUCAUUGAUGGUGGACGACGUUUCCAUUGCCUCUUCUGCAAAGCCACUACAGAAGUACCUGCAGAGUACUUUCAGCAUUUAGACCAUACAGGUCAGCGUGUGGAUCGGUUUGAGAGACCAGAGUUGAUACUGGGAUCAUAUGAGUUUGUGGCCACUAAGGAUUACUGUAGGGACAACACAUUCCCAAAGCCUCCAGCACUCAUCUUUCUCAUUGAUGUGUCUUAUAACAAUAUCAAAAAUGGCAUGGUUCGCCUUCUGUGCAGCCAGAUGAAAGAAAUACUGAAACUCUUACCCAAGGAUGAAGGUGCUGAAAAAUCCAAUAUGAGGGUCGGCUUCAUCACAUACAAUAACACGGUGCAUUUCUACAAUGUUAAGGGUUGUCUUGCUCAGCCACAGAUGAUGGUGGUUGGGGAUGUGCAGGACAUGUUUAUGCCUCUGCUGGAGGGUUUCCUAUGUGAUCCCAUGGAAUCUGAGACUGUUAUUGACAGCCUGAUGGAGCAGAUACCUGCUAUGUUUGCUGAUACUCGCGAAACAGAGACUAUUCUGGCCCCAGCAAUCCAGGCUGGUCUUGAAGCACUCAAGGCCUCAGAGUGUGCUGGAAAGCUAUUAGUGUUCCAUUCAUCUUUACCAAUAGCCGAAGCUCCAGGCAAACUCAGCAACAGAGAUGACAGAAAAAUCCUAGGUACAGAAAAGGAAAAGGCAGUGCUAACACCACAGGUGAAUGUGUACAACAACCUGGGCCAGGAAUGCGUCAGUGCUGGUUGCAGUGUGGAUCUAUUUGUAUUCAACAAUUCUUACUUUGACUUGGCUACCAUUGGACAAGUGUCAAGAUUAUCUGGCGGAGAAAUUUACAAGUACACAUACUUCCAGGCUGAUCUGGAUGGUGAACGACUAAUAACAGAUAUUAAGCAUGAUGUGAUUCGCCCAGUUGCAUUUGAUGCUGUCAUGAGAGUACGAACAUCAACAGGUGUUAGAGCAACUGAUUUCUAUGGUCACUUCUUCAUGUCCAACACAAAAGACAUGGAACUUGCCAGUAUUGAUUGUGACAAGGCUCUUGCCAUAGAAAUCAAGCAUGAUGACAAGCUCACAGACGAAGAUGGAGUCUAUAUUCAGGUUGCUUUACUGUAUACAUCAUGUGGUGGACAGAGGCGCAUACGCAUCAUCAAUCUUUCACUCAAAACGUGCACAGAGAUGGCUGACCUCUAUCGAAACUGUGAACUGGAUACACUUAUUAACUUUUUCUCUAAACAAGCGGUGUUUCAGUUGUUGGAAUCAUCACCAAAAGCAGUGAAAGAGAACCUAAUAAAGCGGUGUGCACAGAUUCUGGCCACCUACAGGAAGUACUGCUCAAGUCCAUCCUCAGCAGGACAGCUGAUAUUGCCUGAGUGCAUGAAGUUGCUCCCACUGUAUAUGAAUAACAUCCUCAAGAGUGAUGCAAUUUCUGGAGGAUCUGACAUGACUAUUGAUGAUCGGUCAUUUAUAAUGCAAGCAGUCACAAUAAUGGAUAUACCAUCAUCUGUUGUGUUCUUCUAUCCACGACUUGUCCCUCUUCAUGAAAUUGAUGUUGAUUCUACUGAACUGCCUACUGCUAUCCGUUGUACAUCAGAGAAGAUCCGGGAUGAUGGUGUGUACUUGCUAGAAAAUGGAAUUCACAUGUUUCUGUGGAUUGGGCUGAAUGCUGGUAUGGAAUGGGUGCAGAAUGUGUUUGGUGUUCUCUCAGCUGCCCAGGUUAAUAUUGAACGCACAUCAUUGCCUGAGCUUGAUAAUCCUCUUUCUGUGAGGAUACGAUCAGUCAUUGAUUCAAUUCGCCAGCAGAGACAUCGAUGCAUGAGGUUAACCUUGGUCAGGCAACGGGAUAAAUUAGAAAUGGUGUUCAAGCAUUUCCUGAUUGAGGAUCGUGGUUUGGAUGGCUCAGCAUCAUAUGUAGAUUUUCUUUGUCAUAUGCACAAGGAAAUACGUAAUCUGCUUAGCUAGAAGCAUGCCACAGUUACAGCACAGCAACAUUAUAAUGUGAACAAAUCCAGAACCCAAGGGUAUAAUGCUCCAAAGGGUCACUGAAUUGACAGCAGUCGAAAAGCAACUGCGAACAUUUUGUUCUUCCCAUUAUACUUUGUCAUGGCCUUCUCUGAAGAGCAACACCAAAUGAAGCUCAGUGUUGGAAGGGACAGAGUUCAAUGUUGUGAGUUGGACCUUUUUAGUAAACUCGUAUGUUUCUGCUUACAAAGACACACUACAUGGAAAAGGACUGUGAUUGUGCAUAAUAUUGAAAUGAAGCUGUCUUUUUAUCAUUAUGGAUAACUUAAGUUCUUGGUUAUACUACACAUACCUGCAGG